AUGGGUUUUGCAGUCACUCUACGGCUCUGCUUCGAUUGUUUGCUUCGUUCUUGUCGGAAUGCAGCUGGCAUCUCCGCUGUCUCGCUGCAAAAACAAGACUCCCCGGAGGGCAUUCAGGGUUUAAGGGCAUCGUGGGCUUCUCAGCCACCCGAGCCUGAAGCAGACCGACGAGAUGAUGAAAGCAGUGGAGCGGUUCAACCAUGCUUAGGCGCGCUGCCGAGUACAGCUUGCCCCAGGGCAGAGGACAUCACCGCCAUCUCCUCUUCGGACUCAGCCGAGCGCCGGCCGCUUCGAAGGCGGAGCGGGCGCGGGUUGCUGAGAGGCUUACGACCUCUUGCGCCGGCUGUGCUGGCGCUUCCGGUGGAGCCGAGCCGACCACCCAACGAGGUGGACGAGCUCGUGGCGGAACUGGCCGAAGCACAGGAGCUCCAGAAGAAGAUGUCGCGGCUCCUCAGCAUGGUCUCACAGGGUGAGCAGGUCGUGGAAGUCGAGGAAGUCGAGGCGGUGGAGGCGGAUGACGACGGUGCUGUGGUAAUGCUAGAGGCUGUGCAGCCCGAGGAUCGCAGUCCGGCCAAGGUGCCCAGCCCGGAGAAAGCGACGCUCACAGAGGGCCCAGCCGACGCAGAUCCGCCCCCCAUUCUUGAAGAGCGGGGUAAGCGGAGGGUAGAGGAAGUUGAGGCGGUGGAGCAUGAGGUGGCGCAGCUACCCGCAGAGGGCCCAUCGGACUUCGCAGACCUUCAAGACCUUCCUGAAGACCCUCCGCAAGAGCCUGCCAGCGACGGCUUGGAGUUCGAAGGCUCCGAGUCCGAGGAGGGCCCGGUUCUUCCAACCAACGAGGCGGACGGGCUGGUGGCGGAACUGGCCGAGGUUCAGGAGCUCCAGAAGAAGAUGUCGCGGCUGCUGAAAAAGGUGGCUCAGCGGGGUGAGCGGAGGGUAGAGGAAGUUCAGGCGGUGGAGCAUGAGGUGGCGCAGCUACCCACAGAGGGCCCAUCGGACUUCGCAGACCUUCAAGACCUUCCUGAAGACCCUCCGCAAGAGCCUGCCAGUGACGGCUUGGAGUUUGAAGGCUCCGAGUCCGAGGAGGGGCCCGUGUUUCGGGGCAGUCCCCUCGAGGUUGCCAUGGAUGGCCUCACCCACGAAUGGCGACAGAAGCUUCGCCAGGGCCUCUCCGAGGCUUUGCUGUCAAACCUGGACUGGAUUGAGCAGGCAAAGUCAAGGAGCAUCUUUCGCGUCCCAGCACGCGUCCCAGCGGCAGAGGCGCGUCAAGCAGAGGAGCUCUCUUUGAGUGAUGUCGAAGGCAAUGCCGGAGUGGACCUUGAAGAGAUGGCCGUGCAGCCGCUUCGGGAUCGUGUUCAGGUCCUCGAAGAGAAGUUGGGCCUGGCAGAGAACUUCACUGAGACCGACGGCUUGUCGGCCUCCGUUCAGGUCGCCAUCGCCUCGCCCAAAAACAUGCAUGAGGUCAUUUCCUUGAAGGACGAGGCCACGGAUAAAAAGAGUCAACCAAACUAUCUAAAGGUGCGUUCCGUGGAUUCCCAAGAUGUGGACGCUCUCACCGAAGAUGACAUGCGGGUGGCCUUCAACCGUGACAUCUGGACCUACUUUGCGCUUGUUGGCCUCGGGAGGACUGGCAGCUGGGAUGCGUGCUUCACGUUCAUUCUGGCAUUGGUGAGCUUAGCCAUGCAGGCGGCCUUCAUCAUGAUUUUAAUGUCCGAGUUCUUCCUCGAGCGACCUUUCGAGGAAAAGGUGGAGCUUGCCAGAAUCUGGCGCAACAGUGUGGCCCACGACUCGAGGCACAUGGACCUCGCUCAGACUAGUCUGACCUCGCGCGUCUGCCGAGGAGACGGUGCUCUCAUCGUAUCCACGACCCAAGCAGAGCUUGUGGAGGAGAUCAACAAAUUCCUUGGUUUAGGCCUCCACGACUUUGAACCGAGCUCUUUCAGCCCAGGCACAAUGCUUUGCGUCCUUUGCAUCCUCCUGUGGUGCAUGCGCGUGUACAAGGACGUGAGGCGCAUGGGGCUGGUCAUGGAGGCUUGGUCGUGGAUUCCACGAUCCGAUUACACCAUUAUGAAUGACAAUUUCGGCUUCACCGAACUCUCCGAGAACCGCUUCUAUGGCUUCGGAUCCAUUUUGUUCGUGUGCUUUGCCAUGGACUGCCUCUUGCUGGUGGCCGGGAUCCGUCUUCUAGCAUCCACCACAUCUAUCUCAUCGUUGAUACUCGAUGCGGUCGCGCUCGAGGCCAUCUUGGACAUCGACGACUUUAUGUUUCAUGCCCUGGUGCCCUUGAGAGCCAGAUUGCUUAUCCAAUCGCUGGAGCCCAUGCAGGUGAAAAUCAGUCAGGUCAGAAGCCAAGUCGAGUCUGGAUGUAACUUUUGCCUUCUCGCCUUUGCUCUUGUUCUGCCCUACCUCUUCAUGCUGGCCCCACUUGGCCACGCCAUGCAAGCGGUGAAGUACGAGCUUUGUGGUGGAACGCAGGAGUUCGUAGUCGCUUACAAUCAGGACAUCCAGAUGACCUAUGCACUACGGACGCAGGCAGAGAGAGGCAUAGAGCUUCUUCCCAGCGAAGUGGCCGUGGAGGAGUUUAAGCACAGCACUGAAGCCCUUCCUCGAUACAUGGUCUUCUCAGCGACCUCGCAGGCCUUCGAUACGGACCAGGUCCGAACAAUGGCCGAGGAGGCUUCCACGUUCCCAAUCUGCUUCGAGACCCAGGUCCUGCAAGAGACAGGUCGAGUCUACCGGGAUCCUGUGGCCAUGUCGCUGAUCGAGCCACGCUUUCAGUCCAUGGUGGCGAAAUUCGGCCGCAAUGCCACUACUUGUGAGGAGCUGCAGGACCUCUGCCACUUGCCAGAGGCACGGAUGCUGCGUUACAUUUGUGGGGCGACUUGCGGCUGUGCUUCCGCCGGAACCUCGACCUGGUACAAGGUUGCUCGGCAAGGGUGUUCCGAAAGCUGUCUGAAGGAGUCUGACGCUGCGACGCCCUGUACGGAUGUCGCGGCCACAUCCGAAGGAUGGCGAUCGUUUUGGAUGAACUACGUGCCGGUCGUGUCGUCCUUCUUCGGUCAGAAUUUAGCUCAAGCAAACAUGCUGACGAUGUUGAAUCAGACCGUUCAAGCUAUGUUGAGUGAGGGUUGUCCCCGGCUUCUAGUCAACGACACCGAUUUUGUCACUUCCGUAAGAUGGUGCGAGGGCUUUCCAGACCUUUUCCGACCAGUUGCCUUCUUGUGCCCCGAAACCUGCGGAUGCAAAGCAUCUCUCGCAGGGUUUUGUCCGUCCAAAUGCCUUUCCGAUGCCGUGCACAGCUCGAGUCUCCUCGAAGCACAUGCGGCGCCCGACAACUCCCAGGAGGUACCAAAGCCGACGGGCGAGGUAGCGCACCUGCUGUCGGAGCUGGCUAAAGGUGGCGAUGACGUCAACGCCGAAGACUACUGGGUCGGAGACCCGAGCCUUGAGUGGGAUAUCGACGGACUGCGUGAUGAUGUGGCUUUGGUCCAACUGGAGCUGAAGGUCAAGCAGGAAAGGCCGACAGAUCCCGGGGAGCCAGACCCGGCCGGCUUAGCGGCGGUUCGCCAAAGGUUGCUGAAGCGGCUGGAGCUGGCCGAGCUUGACGCAGAGGUCCUGGCCGAGCAAGCUGUCUUGGCUGAGCCGUGCGCCAGUGGAGAGGAAUUUGCCAUUGCGGCCCAACAGGACUGGAACACAGUCGGUGCCUUCAGCCGAGCCAAGCUGCUGGCGCUGCGCUGGCGCAGCGCCGUCCAGGAGGGCUCCGAGCUGACAGCGCUGGGUCCGUUGCGUGGCUGGCCGGGGCCGGCCUCUGCCACUUCGAAAGCUCCGGGGAUUCCGAGGCUCCGAGGUGUUGCCGCUUUCAAUGGAAUGGCGGUGCUGAAGAUGGUUGUGAAGCCAUCGAUUUUGAAGACCAUCGAAGCGCAGCCCCGGCAUGGCAUGGCCAUCUACGCGGAUGGCAGCUUACUGAACCACUCUUGCCUACCAAACGUCAACAG